AUGUGGAGGGAAGUUCAGCAAAGAACGCCUCCACGUGUUUCCCCACUCGUAUUCUUUAACGCCUCACCUCCCCUUUCCUCCUCUCCCCCUUCCUCCUCUCCCCCUUCCUCCCCUCCCCCUUCCUCUCAUCCCCCUUCCUCCCACUUCCUCUCAUCCUCCUUCCUCCCCUCCCCACUUGAACCUCUUCCCUGCCCAUCUCUCCCCUUUCUCCGCUGCUUCCCCCUUCCCCCUCGUUUGCACCCCUCCAAGCCACGGCAGCAUCACCACAGCACCAUCAGCGCAGUAUCUAGCCAUAGCACACCUGUGGGAGCAGCUGAGCAAAGCGAGACUCCUCAUGGCAGAAGCCAUGUGUGUGCCGUGCCCCUCCCUCCCGUUCCCCCUGUCCCCUCACCCUCGCACCUCUUCGCUCGUUUCUUCCCACCAGCCACAGCACCAUCAGUGCAGUACCUAGCCAUAGCGCACCUGUGGGAGCAGCUGAGCAAAGCGCGGCUCCACCUGGCAGAAGCCAUGGCCCUGGCGCGCCACUGGGGGCGCAUUCUCGUGGUGCCACGUGUCGGCAGCAGCCGCAUCGGCGGCAACUACCUGCCACGUGGCACCCUGCCCGCGUGCGCGUACUUUAACACGGAGCUGAUUGGCCGGUUCGUGCCGUGGGUGCGAGAGGAGUUCCUGUGGGCUUCCGUGGUGCCUGCUUGGGAGGGGCGGAGGGGAGGAGGCGGGGAGGAGGGGCAAGGGGAGUGGAUGGGAUGGGGAGGAGAGGUUGGGGGGGGAGGAGGAGGAGGAGGGAGAGUAGGGAGAGGAGGGGAGGGGAGGGGGUGGAGGAGCAGCGUUGUUCUGCUGGAUGAUUUCAAGGGGCAGCGAUGCAAUCUGACAGCCACACUGCUCAAAACGCGGCAGCCCUUCCCGACCGCCCCGCACGUGCCGGCCUCGUGGAACACCUCUCUCUACCGCCUCGCCUUCUCGCCCUCGUCGCCGCUGCACUGCACCACCAGCUGCGACGACCGCGCGUGGUUACGCUGGUUACCGCCGAUUGCAGAGGACCUAAGGGUGCCGGAGGAGGUGGCAGUGCUGAUGAAGUUCACCCACACCGUGUGCCUUGGUAGACUGCAACCGCUGGCUGAGCUAGCCCAGGAGCACAUAGCAUAUGCACCACACCUGCACCGCCUAGCCUCCUCGUUCGCGUCCCAGCACCUGCAGGGGGACGGGCGGUACGUGGCGACGCACUGGCGCGUGGAGAAGGCCAUGAUGAGCCACCGGUCGGCCGUGCAGAUGCAUGUACGCCGCAUGGGGAACAUAGCCCAUACGCCCAGCCAGGACUAUCCAACCCCUCCUCCUCCCCACCUCCCUUCCCCCGCCUCUAACCUGCUCACUCUCCCCCCACACUCCCCCAUACACCCCUCCCCCCCUCAGGCGGAGCUAGCCCAGGAGCACAUAGCAUACGCGCCCCACCUGCACCGCCUAGCCUCCUCGUUCGCGUCCCAGCACCUGCAGGGGGGCGGGCGGUACAUGGCGGCGCACUGGCGCGUGGAGAAGGCCAUGAUGAGCCACCGGUCGGCCGUGCAGAUGCACCAGUGCGUGCAGGGACUGCUGCGAGACACGGCCGAGCGGGAGCGACAAGGGAUGGUGGCGGGAGGGGGUGGAGGAGGAGGAGGAGGAGGAGGAGGGGGAGGGCGAGGAGGGGAUGGGGACAAGGUGCCUGUGUUCAUGGCUACGGAUUUGACUCCGGAGAACCAGCGAGCAGUCGCUGCAGAAAUGUGGUGGCUAUCAGGAACGGCACAUCUGGACCAGCACCACCGGGACGUUGCAUUCCACGCCGUCAAGGAGCUCUUCUCCCGGCUACAACCCUCCCGGCUCGAAUCGUUUCUCCCUGGUCUACAAGAGGCGGACAUUGGAGUGCAGGUAUGUGCUGUGCUGUCCAUACUGAACUCAUAUCCCCACGUGUGCCCGUUCUCCGUUCCCAUGCACCCCCACCCCUUCACCCCCACCCCUCUCACCUCCACCCCUCUCUCCCUCUUACUCCCCAACCAGGCCAUAUUAGACAAGCUGCUGUGCAUAAAGGCGGCAGUGUUCCUGUACCCACCGCCAAGCUGCAGGAACUAUGCACAUACAGGGAGCGGCUCUGCAGUGGCUGAUGAGAUCUGCUGGUGGCGGGAGCGGCAAGGGAGCGGUGGGGGAAAUGGAAAGGGUGUAGCUCCUUGCCGCAUGUGGAGUGAUGGACGCUGA